GUUAGGAAGUGAACAUUUUGACAUUGUAAUGUCACUGAAGGAGCGCUGAAUGAAAACAGCACCUUGAUGCAUACUGUAAACAGACAGGGAUUAUCAUCCACAUGUGGAGGGACCGAAACGGAGGAGCUCGAGGGCUCACGUUCUGGAUUACUCAGGGGUUUUAGGUUACCUCUUCCCCUUGUACACGCGGCUGAUAACCCGUCCACACAGACAAGCAGCAUCUCUUUACCACAACACAUAGGCAAGCCGGAGUUUCCUGACACAGGAUGGGACAGACUCAAAGAGGUUUUUUGGAGACGUGAAGGUCAGAUGUACUCAGAGGAGAUGAGGAGUAUAGUGAAGAGUGGCAUUGCUGCAGCUAUGGUUGGGAUGGUCUAUGGAGGACUUCCUGGAGCCAGAGAUGCCAGAGAGAGAUUUAUCCAAUUUAGCCAGGCUGAAAUUUACCAAAACAGAGUGGAUGCAGUGCGUUCAGCUCAUAACGCAGCUAUUCGUGGUUUUGUGCGUUUUGGCUGGAGGUGGAGCUGGAGAGUAGCAGCGUUUGUAACUCUGUUUAACACUGUCAGUACUGGACUAACAGUGUACAGAGACAAAAAUGCUUUAAGUCAUUUUGCUGCUGCAGGUGCUGUCACAGGAGGAAUUUUUCGGCUUAAUCUGGGAUUAAGAGGACUUGUGUCCGGUACACUCAUCGGGGCAGGACUGGGGUUGCCAGCUGGACUAUUCAUCAUUGGUCUACAGAAGCUUGGGGGCGAGACCAUGUGUGAGAAGAGGCAUCGAGAAAGAAGAGAGUUACAUGAACUGAGAGUCGCUGAAUGGGCUGCUCGUCUCAAUCUCACAGAUGACCUCAUCGGAGAAAUCAGUGGGAAAAAUCAGGAGGCUGAAAUUGACCUUAAACGAAUUGAGGAGCUGCUUGGUCAACCCAGGAAUGAGAAAGGAGUAAAGGACGCUGACAGCCAAUGACAUCACAUACUUGACAGUAUAAUGGGUCGGGGGGGGUAUUUAUGCCUGAAUGACCAACAUGUAAAUAAAAACCCUUUGCUGAA